AUGACGUUAUCGUUCUCAUCAAAAAAGCAUCGAUAUUCCGUCUACGACGUCCUACUCGACACAUCGGUCGACAGUCAACUCUACUCGGAGAAGAACAAUAAUAAAAUUAUAGAAUCUCUAUUAUAUGACUCGGAAGAAAUUAUCUAUAGGACACCAAUGGCUAUAGUCGAUCUACGGAAUGAAAUGUACGACAUGUCGAGGAGUACAACUCCAAAAAUUGCUCGUGAAAAUCGAAUUUCUACUCACCUAACCAGCGAUGAGCAACGUAGCAUCCUUUCUUAUUUGGAACCAUCAGCGAAGGCGCUCUGCACAGGAGUCUGUCAGUUGUUACAAGCGGAAGGAAACACAUGGAGCGAUGCCAAAGUCGGUGUAAUCUGCUUCAUCCGUGAUCCUCAUAAGAAAGAGUACGUUUUGGCGUUGCUUUUACCAAAGCCGGACGGACGACAUCCAGCAAAAGUGCUAUGGACAAUGAAUGUGUCAGCAUUUUUCGAAACAGAAAGAACAACCGACGAUCAUCUACUCACCUUUAUAAUGGAAUCAUAUCCUCGAGAUGUUUGCGGCUUAAAUUUCUACGAUCCCUGUGAAGCGGACGAGUUCCAUCGAAUUCUCGUCAGCGAAAAUCGAAAUCGAGUCUCAAGGCGAGCCAAUCAGCCGAAGCGACAAGCUCCGCCCCCACCAUCUCAGGCAGGUGGAAUGGAGGCGAUUCAAAGGCUCACAGAGCUUUCAAUACCAACUCUUACAACAGACGAUGGAGAAAAGAAGAGGAGAAGUUUUCUGGGCGGGAUUUUCACGAUGAAAAAGAAGAAGAAGAAAGAGCGAAAGCGGCUCGAUAUUAGUGCACCUUCGCAUUUCCAGCACGUUGAACAUCUUGGUCUCGAAUCGAUGUCCACCGAAGAUCAAGAAACGUUUCACAAUUUGAUUAAGGCUGUGGAACUAGAACCAGGCAACACGGCACAGAUUGAAUUGAUCCGAGAAAUUGUGGCUACACGGGGCAGUGAAGUGCGAAGCUCGUUGCGGCUAAAGCGAAACACGGUUCGGCCAAGCGAAGGUUUCAUACGCAGCCCACACAACUCGCUGGCGGAUACGCGAAACAGCAUGAUGGUAGCACAUAAACAACAACGGCGAACACCACGCGAGGUGAAGAAGGGAUCGCUUCAAAAGCGUGUCGAUCUAGAAGCAACUCUCACUCCGCAGGUGCUUUCUCUUCCAAAGGAACUUUCUCUGGAUGACUACCUGAAUCCAAAUUGGGAUGCGGCCCCAUCAUUCGAAACGCAAUCGAAGCUCACGGUUGCCUCAAAUUCGGGAGAUUCGCGCUCAGAAACGACUAAAGCUCCGUUCUCUGGACAUGCAUCCUGGGUGACGACAGAAGAACUGGCACCACCACCUCUACCUUCCCGACUUGAGUCGAUGACCUAUCGCUCGCCUGUGGGCAGAAGGAAGACACCUCCAAUGUUGCCAGCGUAUCGCUCCCCGCCUCCAAGCGAAAGACCUCCUCGUUUGUCUGACAAUAGGAAAUCAGUUCCAUCAUGGCGGAUUGAAAUCCCUCUACCGAAUGGAACUCAAGCGCCCACGCAUUCACCGCCACCCACACCGCCGUCGAGCCAAUCCUCGCCAGUCCCGUCCCAUCACGCCACUGCCACCGCCCAGCCAACCGCUCUACUUACAUCCACAGGUCCCACGUUGAUUCCACAGCCGCCAAACGUCCCACCACCGCCACCACCAGGACUUCUCUCCCCCGCUCCCACUCCACCGCCUUCCGAGGUGAAGCAACGUGAAUCGGAAGUGUCUCCGAAUGCUAAUGAGAGGAAAACUUUCUUAGAGGAAAUUCAAAAUGUUGACAAGGCCAAGCUGCGACAUGUCGACAUAGACUCAAAUUCACGGAAUCUCCCCAAUGGAGAGACUUCACCGGGUGAUGGUGGCCUGUUGUCAGCAAUACAAGCAGAAUUAGAUAAAAGAAGAGAAUAUAUUAUGACCGAUAGUGAUGCAGAUUCCGAUUCGACUGACAGUGAUUGGACUGACUAA